GUUGUCUUACAGAUGGCGCACGAAACCUUGUAUACUGCGUAUGCCGAUCUGACGUUUUUGGUUAUUUUUGUUCUCGCCUCGUGUUUACUUUAGUGUCUAAUUUUGGUCCAAUUGCGAAAAUUUUGUUGUGCAACACCUCAAAAGUUAAUAUUUCUAUAGAGAAUCGUGUACCGACGCCGAAUAAUAUCGAUCCACGGUUCCGGACUAGAUAUAUGUAUACAGUUUUAUCACGUGGUGGUGUGAUUUAUAUAAUUCUUGUUUACCGCACUAGCUGAAACUUUGCGCAUGUGCGUCCCGUCUGUAACCUCAAAGUGUAGAACGGGGACGGAUUCGGCAGUUUCCGGAUAUCCGGGUGGUUCGUUGGAGCUGUGAUGUGCCAUCGUGAGGGUGUGCGGCCCGCGGGACAGCGUUGGUGAAACACGCGCCGGAGAUGGCUCAAACUCAGUUCACGCCGAGCUCGGAGAGCGACGCAUGGGCGCUGCUCGCGCUCAAGUCAGCGCCCGCUUCGCCCUCGAAGGUGCAAUGGGCGCAAGAGCCGGCGCCCAUCGCCAUCGCGAGACUUGACGGUCGGGAUUUUGAGUACCUUAUUCGGCAAAAACGUGUCAUUAUAGGGCGGAAUUCGAGCCGCGGUCAGGUCGAUGUAAACAUGGGACAUUCGAGUUUUAUAUCGCGCCGGCAUCUAGAACUGUUCUAUGACCACCCCGAGUUCUUCCUCACGUGCAACAGCAAGAAUGGCGUGCUCGUCGACGGUGUGUUCCAGCGCAAGGGGUCCGCAGCUAUGUUGCUGCCCAAAAGAUGCACUCUCCGUUUCCCCUCGACGAAUAUACGCCUGGAGUUCCAGUCGCUGGUAGAGGAGAGCGGCGGCGGUGCAGGCGGCUCGGGCGCUCCGCUGCCGCCGCUGCGCAUCACCAUACCAGUGGACAAUGACGCCCGUAGCCCUGCGCCCUCGCCCACAGGCACGAUCAGUGCGGCUAAUAGCUGCCCGACGUCGCCACGAGGCGCGGGUGGAUCAGGUCGCCGGCAUGCCGAUCUCGGCUUGGUAGCGCAGUACGCCGCACUCGCUGACCAUCAACGACCAACCUCUAAUGGCAACGCGGCGUCAUCGACGACCUCUGAAUCGGGUUACGGGUCGCGCGAUGGUCGUGAAGGCCGGGAAGGUCGGGAAGGCCGCGAGGGUCGGGAGGCGCGCGAAGGCCGCGAAGGUCGCGACGACGCAAAGCCGCCGUACAGCUACGCGCAGCUGAUCGUGCAGGCCGCUAUUGCGAUGUGUGCAGGUCACGGGCUGUCGUACAGCGCCAGCGGCAGCGGGCUGGUGAUGACGGUCGUCACCAACGGAGCUGGUGGUGAGAGAGAGGAGAAGUACGUGGUGGGGCGCGGCGCUGGCGGGCUGGUGCCGCUGCAGGAGGAGGAGGCGCCGCCCGCCGUGCUGCUGCACCACUCGCCCUACUACUCCGGCAGCUACGGCGGCGGGGAGGAGGGCUGCGCGGCGCUGGGCGGGGAGCUGGUCAUCGAGGAGGCGCCCGACGACCCCCCGCACAAGCGCGCCAAGCACCACCACCUGUCGGAGAUGGAGGAGCGGCGCGCGUACUGACGCGGGCGACGCGACUCCAACACUAAGCAAUAAUACAGCGGCGAAUAUUGAACUUUACAGUGCUAAGAAUAAAGUGUUGUUACGAGUGGUACAUUUAAGUUUAAGCAAUGCAGUAGCGCAUUUCCUCGUUUUUCUGUCGGUUUUUUUUUAGUUUGUAUAUAGUGUGAGCCGCGACUCGGCCCGGUUGGACGUUUUACAUUGUCAAAUAUAGUCAGCUUCAAAUACAUUUAGCCGAAAUGCACUAAAUGAUCGGAUUGAGUUUCCUUCGUUCGGUGUGAUGUGGAUUUUGUUGAUUCCACGCAGUUUUUGUUCAUAUAUAAGUACAAUUCAGUACCCGCUUAGUGUAAGAUUAGCGAUCUGUUCGUUCUGUAUGUUUUAGGUCGCUUUUGAGGCUGACUGUACCUUCCGAGACAUUAAACGGUAAAUAUCAAAUGGUAUUUGUUUCACAAAAAUAAAAUUGUUUCGUCAAAGAAACUAAUAAAUCUAUUGGACAUUUAUGAAUUAAUGUCAAGUUUGACAGAUUUGUCAAUUUGACAUUAUCAUUGUUAGGAAUAUGACAUUUAGAUUUUUGACAAAUGAGAAAAUAUUGAGGAAAAGUUUUGAAAUUACGAUUUAUCCAGUGUACAAAAUUUACGAGAAUUAUUCUAUAGUACGUUUCUUGUUUUAUGAAAUUAAAAAAAAGUUCUUUUGGAAUUAUCGGGGGAUAUAACUCAGGACUCGAAGGACCAGCGUGAGCUCUAAAAGUGUAGGUAGAAAUUUUAUUUUCUUUAAGAGCUUAUUUGCAGAAAAGUAACCUAUCGGUCUCCGAACAAUACACGAAAGAUAGAAAAGGCAGACAUAUAUAUUAUUUUAUCAAAAUUCAUUAAGAAUGUAGUAAAAUUUAUUCGCUCUAGGAAUACUGAUUUUCAGUCAUAGAAAAAUCUAUCAUAGAAAAAAAAAGUAGAAACUUAGCUAAACUAAAUCUUCAAUACAUUUACUCUUUGGAAUGUAAAAUUUUCAUAUUUAAAUAAAGGCAUGUAAAGUAUACUUUAAUUAGAAAAAAAAAAACAAUAAUAAUCUCGAAUAAGGUGUUAAAUUGAAACAAUGUAUUUUGAGACAUACCGCAUAACUUUUUUAAGUCUAUGAUAUACAAAUAUUUAUAUAUAAGCAUAAUAUAUCUUAUAUAAUCGAUAGAUGGAAAUAUAAGUGUAAACUAACUACAUCCGUUACCCCAUAGGUUAAAUUCGCAGAUUUAGACGCAAGUUUAGUACCGUGCUUGAACAAAAAUAGUUCUUAUUUGUGUACCCCUAAGGUCCAUAUUUGCGUGUCAUCGUACAAUGUAGGUAGACUAACAAAUGCUUAAUGGUAUUACUGAGCGGCCGUUGUCUACAUGCAAGUACAGUCGGGGAAUUUGGCGGUGAAAAAAACAAUAGGGCGCAGCUACUAAAUGUGUCUGGAUGAAAAUAACUGAUGUUAAUUGGUUUUUAUUAUUACCCUUUGUUAAUUCACUGCUAGCUGAUUUUCUAAGAGAUAUUUUUGAAAAUGUAUCACCGCGGUUUGCCGUGACUGUACAACACAAGUUCCUUUAGUUUUUCGCAAUGUUUAGGUAGGUAGUUAUAUUUUAAAUGCUCAAAAUGACAGGUGUAUGAACAUAAUGUAGAUGAUAUAUUUUUCUGUUUAAAAUUCAAUAAUCUUUUGGGUAUUUCGCAGUAACAAAACUUUGUUUGGAAAAGUUAAUUCUAUGAGAAAUAAUUGCGAGAUAUAUAUAUAUUUUCAGUUAUUAUAUCAGAGCCUUUUAGUAUUCGGUGUAAUAUAUUGGUUAUGUCUCAAAAAGUUAUAUUGAAAUUUAUUUUGCUGUAAUAUCCGAGUCCCGACAUUAUCUUUUAUAUCUCCUCUGAAUUAUAACCCAAAUUUUCGUCAAAAUGUUUUGCUUCCAAAGCUAAAAUAAAUGGUUCUAUCAUUUAAAUGUUUAAUCUAGUUGAUAAAUUCAUAAUUAAGCUUUAUUUAUGUUAA